UGACCGACUUCGCCCCGCUCUUCCUCCGCUUCUGUUCGGCUCCGACGACAUUCUGCCCGCGAGCGCCAGUGACCUGGCAGCUCGAGACAUCCCGAUCCACUUCUACCGCAGGCAACGGCUCCGGAGGGCUGUCGGCGACAUCGCUGCGGACACGAUCUUCCCCCCUGCCCUCUCCAGGCCCGUCUCCAUUGCUGCCGCCGGCCAGGCCAAGAAGGGGCAGUUCCAGGGCGAGUAUUCGAUCACCUCCUGGAAUUCGCAGGCCCUCUUCUGCUUGGACCCCGUUCGCCACGAGCAGAAAGCGGCGUAUGUCCACAAAUUGUCGGGGGAGGCCGACAUCAUCCUCCCGCAGGAGACGCAUGGGACAGAGGUGGGCAAUGCAGCUUGGAGGGCCCCGGCUGGAACGACCGCCUGGUGGUCUCCAGGGCCCACCCCGGGGCGCGCUGGAGUGCGGGUCGUCGUCAGAGACACGUUCCUGCAGCAGUUCAGUGCGGAGCCUAAAUGGGUUCAUAUCUGGAGGGGUCGCGCCGCGAAGCCAUGCCUCAGAGGCCCUCGCGGGUCCUUGGACAUCAUCGCUACUUACUUCCAGACCGGCUCGAACAACGCCCUUACCGAGCACGACCUCCACGGCGUCCCGAACAGCAUGCGGAGCAGCGUGGUCUCCUUCCCCCACCUCCGCUCCCUCCUCCGGUCCCGGAUCGCCGAGAACGUGUCGUCGCGCCUCGACUGCUUGUCGCUGCUCGGCGGCGACUUCAACUACGUGGCGGACGACCGGGACCGCGUCGCAGUUGCGUCUGCGCUUCUUACUGGACGGCUGUACAGCAACCGCCACGUCUCGGAGCAGUUUGACCGCCACUUCCAAAUAUCUCCGUUGGAGUGGAAGCAUGACUUAUCCCACCAUCGGGCCAUCUUCGCGGCGCGUCGUCUUCCACAGCAUGCCGACGCUGGGGGCCGUCCUUUACCAACUCGUGCCCUUCAACAUCAUGAUUUUCCACGUCGUCUCAUUCUGGAGUACGGCGAAUCUCUUCAGCAACAUCCAGAUAGUAAUCCCAUGGACAAGCUCCGCCUGUUCAAAGAGGCCAUGCGGAAAGUUGCGCUGCGGCUAGACGCCGCCAUGGGCAAAGCUCCGCCGGCCAUCGACUUCGAGGAUCGGCUGGGCGUCGCGCUGCGGCUCAUCCGAGCCAUGGAGGGGGGCCGGAUUCAUGAAAUUUCACGCUGCCUCGAACGAUGCCCGGGGCUAGCAGACCACGCGGUGAACCCGUGCGCCGUCGACGGCAACAUUUACCGCAAGUUGGAAGGCCUACGGAAGCACGCCUCCGACUUGGCCCGCGAGCAUGCCUUGGACGAGCUCGGCAAGUCCCACUCCGACCUCGUGGGGGGCGACGAGUUCAAGGCGGCCCGCGCUCGGCAGCGCAAUACUCGGUUACUUCAUCGGCUUGCCCCUGGGCGUUCGGGCAGCGCGGGGGCCGUCCAGAAUCCGAGCGGGGACGUGGUGGUUGAGCCCGCCGCGAUGGCUGGCACCUUGCGCGCGCACUGGGCUAAAGUCUUCGAGAAGGUUGGCAUCUACGCUGGACUGCUCGACGCUUGGCUCGAGGAGGACAGCGACGCCCGCCCGCUCGACCAAGCCCUGCCCCCCCGGAUGCAGUUGAAGAAGGCGCACUUCGUGAAGGCCAUUCUGACUUCCAACGACUCUGCCCCGGGCCCCGACGGCAUUCCUUUCAUUGCUUGGAGACGGUGCGCCAAGUUCUCGGCCAGCAUUAUGUUGGGCGUCGCCCGCUUCCUCGGCGAGGUAGGCCCAGAGGGCGUGGACGCGAAGCUGACCGAAUAA